AUGGCUUCCCUCGGGCAGAUCAUCUUCUACAGCAUGAUUACCCUCAUCGUCUUAUUCUCGGCCGUCAUCAUCCUCAUCUUAGCCUUGGCCUUCUCAGGGUCGUCCGAGGUGAUGAGCAGCAACACGACGCCCAUUGCCAACCUCGGCGAGGAUGAACUUCUCAGCUGCAUUCUGAAGACAGACAGUCAGGAGGUCAGACUCACAGACGUGUCAGUCACCUGGGAGAAGAAGGAGCUGACGGGAUUCGUUUAUCGGUAUGAGAAAGGAGCUCCGCAACUUAACGACCAGAACUCUCAGUUCAAAGGGAGAACUCAACUCUUCCCCGAUGCUUUAGUCACGGGGAACGCCUCUCUGUUGCUGAGGGGGGUGAGUCGUAGUGACGCGGGGGAGUACACCUGCAGCAUCAGCUCCUCUGGUGGCGGGGGGAAGGUCAACAUUCAGCUCAGAACAGCAGCCUUUUCAGCCCCCACAUUUAAAUUCUCCAACGGCAUCCUGGCUGCUGAGGCAAGCAGGUGGUUCCCAAAGCCAAACGUGACGUGGUUGAACUUUGACGCGGACGUCCUGAGUGGAAUCACUAACUUCACACAAAACUCUGCGGGGAUAUUCAGUUUAGUCAGCACGCUGCAGUCAGUCAACGCCAGCGAGACCUACACCUGCACGAUUCAAAACAACCUGGUGAUUGCCGUCUCUACAGCAACUGCAAUAGGCCCUGACGUUUCAGGGAACACAUUCUUCACCUACACUGCUGCAUCAUCCCUGCUGGCUUCAACUUACCUGAGCAUUAUGACCAGUGUCCUCUGCAUCUCUUAUCUGACCUUAUAA